GUUUAACCGCCUAAGGGUGAGAGCUGAGCUGGGGUUGCGGAGAGAGAGGGUGUCACAUUUAUAGCAUCUAACUCAGUCACUGACAAAGAACAAGAUGAAGAAAUACAGGAAGCAGAUAGCAGAGCAGUUCCUGAGUCAGGCCCUGGGCAUCAUCUGCCUGCUGACCGGAGAGGAAUACACCAUUGUGAAGAAGAGGCCCUCCCACAGCAGCGUUCAACAGCUGAGCGGAGAGGUGCCUAUAAAGUGUGAUGAUGUUGCUGUGUAUUUCUCUAUGGAGGAGUGGGAGUAUAUAGAGGAACACAAGGAGCUUUACAAGGACGUCAUGAUGGAGACUCACCAAGCAGUAAGGACUAUGGAGAUCCCAGGAAAUGAGAGCUCAGAAUUAACAGGUCACAGAGAUAAAAAUCUAGACACAGGAGCACAUAGAGUACAGAAUAUUCAGCCAGUGGAGACCCCAUCAGACGUCUCUGCAGAACUAACAGGUCACAGUGAUGAAAAUCUACACACAGGAGCACAUGGAGACCUUGUACAGAAUAUUCAGCCAUCUGAUGUCUCUGCAGAUGACAUUAAUACUGAUGUAGAUGUUAAAACAGAAGAUCUGAGUGUAAUGUGUCAGCUGGAAGCUCCAAUGCAGGAAUUGUGUGACCGUGACAAUGAAGAUGAAAACGAUGCUAAAAGUUUAUGUAACACGGAACAAACAGAAGAUCAGGGGCUAGCAAAUAUGCCAGAAGCUGCAAAGCAGGAAAUAUCUGACAAUAUAAGUACAGGUGAAAAUGAUGCUAAGAUUUCAUGUAACAUGGAACAAACGGAAGAUCAGUGGCUAAGAAAUGUCCAACCAUCAGAGCAGGAAAUUUGUGCCAAUAUAAGUACAGAUCUUAUUAGCACUUUAUACAAUUCUAUUAUUCUUAUGGCUUUAGAUGUAUUAGUCCGAUAUUCCCCUGAUCUUAUUGGUUAA